UAUCUUUUGUAUCAUUACAGAUCGUUAGGUUUUAAAUAGAAUAGUAGACAUGAAUGCUGUUCGGGCACUUCUGGCCAUUUUGUUAUCUGUAGGAUGCAAUACAGUGUAUGGGUUUCAAGGGUUUCAUCGGGACGUCCUGAAUCUACCCAACGUCACCGAUUUUCAAGUGACGUCACAAGCUGUUCCUACGUCAUCACUUGCUUGGACAAGCGAUGACGUUAUCCAAUCUCCUCUAACGUCACUGACGAUGUGCGUUUGGGCGAAAUCUACGAAUCUAAAACAAACUGGAACGAUUGUAGCGUACACAAUAGACAACAGAGUGGAAUUCGCGCUUUUGGCUUUUAAGUCACCUUCGGCAAGUGACACUUCCAAUUAUGACGUAUAUCUCGUCGUUUCGGGUCGCCGCAUGUCGCGGUCAGUGCAGUUACGUAUGGAUGACGUCAGAUGGCAUCACGUGUGCGUGACGUGGGAGGCUGAAGGAAUAUUCCGUGCGUUUAUGGACCAGACCCUUAUUGAAGAAAUGAAUGAUCUGCCGGUUGCUGAGAUAUUACCUGGGGGACGAUUUUACUUUGGAACUACUUUAAAAACGAACAACACAAGCCAAGAAAAUGUCGUACCAUUUGUUGGGAAACUCACUGGCUUUUCACUGUGGAAUACUUCGCUCGAUUUCGCAGCGAUAAGGGCGCUCGGGGAUUGCAACGCGUUUAACGAGAAGCAACUUUUGGGUCGAGAUAUUCAAAACACGACCGCUGUAUUAACUACUGGUUCUCGGGCAAAUCUCAUCUACGAGUGGUCUCCAGUCGUGAUGACGUAUUCAUGGCCGGCAAGCUUCUACCCCAACGAAGACGUGUGUGGAAACGAAGUGACAGUCGACUGUGGCCAUCGUCACAUGCUGAUAUCACUGUCCAGUGCAAGACCAAUGUCGCUGGACAUUCCAAGGUCCGAACUUCACCUUGAUGACGUAGCCUGCGUGCCAACCGCAAGAGGGCGGGAAGGAGAACAUUACGUGUUCGAGCUGAGAGAUUUUGCGUCGUGUGGGACAACUAGGACGGUGUCGGACACGGAAGUAAUCUACACGAACCACGUGAGCAAUAUGAACAGAGAAGCAAGCGUCGUGUUUAUAGGAUACACUUACAGCUCUCAAAUUCGAUGUCACUACCCUAUUGACCUAACAGUGACAAUGCGACGUCUUUCUACAGGAGCAAAAGAAGGUCUUGUAGCGAGUGCAUCCAUGCGUAACCCAACGACCAAUCAGAGCGAUUUGGAAGCAAUGGUUGUUUUAUUCAAAGACGAAGCGUUUUCGAGAACUUUCGAGAAUACUCCGUUGCUACGACCACUUGACAGUAUAUACGUUGGCGUGGUCGUCAAGACCAACAAUCCAUCGCGAUCAACUAAUGACGUCAACGUUGUCGUGGAUACGUGCUGGGUGACGUCACACAGAUAUCGAAAAAAGAUUAUUUCCAAUAAUGGCUGCACCAUUAUGUACAACGGCGUAACAAUGCUGGACAAUGGACGGAAUUCACAAGCAAGAAUAAAGUUAUCAGCAGAAGUGUUUUCGUUUUCGUCGAAUUCUCUUUACAUUCAAUGUUCGGUCUAUCCUUGCAUCGGCCACGACUGCUCUCCAGAUUGCAGCAGUAACAGAACCGCUUCUUUUAACUUGCCCGGUCAAACGGUGACGUCACUGCUUCAUACGGUUGAGAAGAGAGCUGUCCAGAACACAGAAACUUCUCACUAUGAUCUCACAGUUGGUCCGGUAUAUUCGAAGGGAUUCUGGACUCAUAGGCUAGUGCAACAGAAUCAAGGUUUUCCGUCAAUAGCCCCACAAGAAGAUACAUUCUACAAGAACCCUGUCUUCUUGGCAACGAUCGCCACACUGUGCUGUCUCGCCGUGUUUUCACUGUUGCUCGCUAUCGCUCUCUUGCGGAAGCGUCGCCGCGCUUCUUUGGCAGGCAAUGACGAGAUUCCAGUACAAAUAACCCAACACAAAAGGCGCCAGAGCUCAGAAGGAUCAUCGAGUUCCAUAUCCUCAGUUUUAUCUAUAUCCAUGUCGUCUUUUGACAGCUUUUCGUCGUUCGAUUCAAUCGAAUUUUCCGCCUCACAUCACUGACGUAUACACUGAUGACGUCCCAAAAUAGAACAAUUAUGUUACGCUUUAAGCAUACUGCAACAAAACGAGUUGUAUUAUCAUUUUUUUAAUUUUUAAGUUCCGCUGUCUCUUUUAUUCUGUGGUUACCGCGUGUGUUUGUUAUAAAUUACAAAAUUAAAUUGUUGA